AUGAAAUUUAUAAUAUCCACCCGAACGUUUUCGGUCAAUGCAUGUCGACUACAACCACCACGGUUUUUGAAGACAGUCGGUAAAGUUUCACAGAGAUCUCUUGAAAAGCUGCAGCCUAUCACAAGGCCCUUUGGAUUCGAAGCUCCAAUCGCUUUGAAUGGCAAUUCAGACCAUUCCAUCACCAAAAUCUUUUCAGCGGAUCGCAGGGAGUCGAGGCAAAAGCAAAUUGACUUCGAAUUGCAGCAUUCCCCCUUGUCUGAUUCGAAGGCAUUUGAAAAUACAAAAGGUAAAAUUUACCUGCCCCCGCUUGCAUACUUUAGACAAGACAAGGCGCUAUAUUUCCCAAACUUCGAAGCAAGUACAUUAUCUCAUAAAGGAAGAGACUUCUACAGUGUCCUUAAAAAUAGGGUUUCCAUAGUGAGACUAUCGUCGGUAGUCACAGGAGAGAAAUGUACCGAAAGUUAUCUUGAAGAAUACUUGAGUGACUCAGGUUACGAUGAGUUCAGGCAACGCUUUCCAAACUCGCAGAUAUUGGACAUCAAUCUACCUCAAUCAUGGAUAAAAGAAUUUGUCGUGAAUCUUUCCAAGGGCCAUAUCCGAAAACUUAUCCCUCCGUCCAGGCAUGACAAAUACUUCAUUCUUCCACAUAAGCUAUUUUCAGGAGAAGUGAAAGAAACAUUGAAGUGUGACAAUGCCUGUUCUGGAUACUUGUACAUACUAGACGAAACUGGAAAGAUAAGAUGGGCCACCAGUGGAGUCGCUAACGAGGAGGAGAAAAAGAUCUUGUGGACCACUGUCAGAUCUUUAGAAAAGGAGAUGAAGAGCAAGAACGCAGCAUAA